AACUUCGUCAAUUAUGAAACUCAAAAAUAAAAAAAAAUAAAAAAUGUUCAACUUCAAGAAUCGCGUCACGAGGAAACCAUCCGUGUAAAGGCAAAGGAACAAAAGAACAAUAGAACGCUACAAGAAGUUGAAGAACUAUAUAAACCCCCCGUUCCCCCCAGCAAACAAUACCAAAAUUUAAAUCUCCUUCCACCAAUUACCCAACACAACCUUCCUUUUCUUCAUCAAAGGUGAGUUCUUUAUUUUGGAAUGAGCUGGUCAUCAGGAGACUGGAUAUGCAACGCUUGCCAGAACGUAAACUUCAAGAAAAGAGAAGCAUGCCAUCGUUGCGCUUACCCCAAGUAUGGAGGUCCUGACCCUUCAACUUACACUUGCAACAACACGGAGGCGUUGGCCGGAGACUGGUACUGCACCACCCUCACCUGCGGAGCUCACAAUUACGCUAGCCGCCCCAACUGCUUUAAAUGUGGUGCGUUCAAGUCCGCCUAUCCUUCUGACUGUGCUGCCUAUCAGUAUGGAUCUGAUGCAACUAUCCCGCCUGGAUGGAAAUCCGGAGACUGGAUUUGCCCAAGAAUGGGAUGCGGAGUGCAUAAUUAUGCAAGCAGGACGGAGUGUUUUAAAUGCAAAACGCCAAGAGAUUUCGGUGCUGCAGUUUAAAGCGAGAAGGAAUUUUGGAAGACUCUGUUUAUGCGAUUAUAUCGCCUACCUGGCAUCUGAUUCCUAUCAAAAUGCUGCCCUUUUCUUUUUUUUAAUGACUAACAAUAAUAAUGUAAGCACUUAGAAUAGGCCCAUAUACUUCCUCCACGAUCGUUGUAACACAAGCAGUUACUUGGUUAGGAAUUAUGGUAUGAUAUUAUUCA